AAGUCGCAUGUCAAGUUUAAAUGUUUACGUUAUGGCGUCAUUGAAAAGUUGUACAGACAAUGAAAAACGCGGAGAGUUGUUACUUCUGGAUAUAGACGAGUAUAAGGCUUCCAAGACUUGCAACUCGUGCCUUGAAAAUAAAUUGGAGCAUAUUACUCAAGGAAGUGGCAUCAAAAAACGGAAGAUUCAUCAAGUAUUAGUUUGCAAAAACUGCAAUAUUUUUUGGAAUCGAGACGUUAUAGCUUCGAAGAAUAUGCUCACAAUAGCUCAAUCUAUUUGGAACGGCCAAGGACGCCCUACCAUGUUCACCCGACAAAGCGCCACCUCGAAUGUGGUGCCUGAGCUUUAAGUAGCGAAGGCUUAAG